GAGGGGGUGAGGUCUCCACAUCCAGCCGCUACCAAUGCAGUUUGUUGCUGUUGCCUGAAGCGGUCACUGCCUCUCUGUUUUCUUUCCAGAAGUUAGGAAAACAGUAUUUCUGAGUACUGUUUUCUUAUUUCUCGGGGUUUUGCUUAACCUGCAGUGUCUCCUCAGGAUCUCGCAGAGCGGGGGAAACUUCCCUGGACUUAGAAAAAAGCAAGACAAGAGGAGGGGAGAUUUUUGCUGAAAACCACUCGGGGAAGCUGGAGACCCCCUUGGGAUGUCUGCCGUGUGCUUGCUCUCCUCUAGCAGCUCUUCAGAUCUUCCUGGGCGAAGGCAGCUCCCUGCCACAGAGCAUCUGUAUUAGGCAGGUCUGUGAGGAGAGCCAGACACCCUCCGAGGCACACAGACAGCAGUGAUGCCGUAAUAAGCAGCCCGCAAGCGUUGCUGGCUCUGCCUGUGUCCUUGUGCCUGUAAGGUGCCUGUGGGGCUGGGGAUCGCAGCACCCCGCACUCGCUGUGCCCCUUGUGCUGCCUAGCGCUGGAGUUGGCUGUCAGAGAAACCUUCGAGGUCCCCUGCUCAGCCCCGGUAGUGUCAUGAGUUAGAUUAGUUGGAGCUGUGCUGGGGGCGGUGAGGGCUUGGAUUACAGUCCAGAACUCAAAGUGCUUCGGUGGUUCACGUCGGAGGGGAGAGGAGACGCCCCAUCGCACACAUGGAGGAAAAAGAGAAAAACCGCUGCCUUUGGAAGUGAGAGGAAAUAAAGGAGGCCAGGAACAUGGACUCGGAAUCGCUGGACGGUUGCAUUCAGAGUACGUUAUCGGUGCUCUACCCUCCGUUUGAGGCUACCGCAGCCACUGUGCUGUGCCAAGUGUUUGAUGUGGUGGAGAAGACGUACCGUGGGGAUGGACUGCGCUACCUCAUAGACUUCCUGAUUCCAGCAAAGCACAUCCUGCAGUGCGUUCAGCAGGAUGCCUGUGUUCAGUACUGUGGCUUGCUCUUCCGUCACGAGGGCUGGCCCCUAUGUAUUCAUGAGAAGAUUGUAGUUCAGCUAGCUUCCAUUGACUGGCGAAUCUUAAAGCCCGGUGACUUUUACCUGCAGGUGGUCCCCUAUCUGAAGAAGUCUCCGCGAGUUGUACUGAAAUGUUUGGCAAAAGACAAGCAUAACAUAGAAGAAAUUGUGAUUCCGGAAGUCUCCUAUACCUCUAUUUUUACUCUGGAAUGGUUGAGUACUAUCAAUGGAGAGCGGAUGGGUAUAGCACUGGAAAACUGUUUACUAACCACUAAUGAUAAAAUAUUUCGUGUUCCCUGGGAGAAAGUAGUUAAUCCUGAAUUUAUUAAUAAACCCAAAAUAAUUGAAAAUAAUAUCAUCACUCCAGAAAUUACAGAAAAGCCUUCAAUUUUGUGCCAUCCCAUGGACCAUGCUGAGUGCAGCUCACCAGAUAUAGGAUCUCAGAAUCUACAGGAACAAAGUCUGAGUCAAGACAACUUGGUCUUUAGCAGCACAGCUACACAAUUAAGCAAAACUAUUGUCAAUGGUGUGUGUACAAGUCCAGUGCCUCAAGAGAACUUGGAAAGUGACCUUGAAGGGGAGUACAUUGAGCUUACAGAAGUUUCACUGCCCAGGUUUGGGCCACAAACAGGCUCUUUAACCCAGUCACUAGCUUUAAAUUAUAGAACUCAGCCUAGAACAAGAGUGAAUGCAUCUAAAGGCACGCAUAAGUUUAUUAUCAUUCAAGACUGUACAUACUCCAGGAAUUUAAGUAAGUCAGCACUUGCACAAAAGGAGCACUGUCAAAUGGACACUCUGAGGACUUCUUCUACAGAAGUUCUCAAAAAUGUAGCUUCUUUGGAAAGCAACAAAAUGAUGGCACAUGGUGAACUGUUUUCAGAAGGUCAGCUGGAAUCAAGUGGUCCUGGGAGCAUGGGGAAUCACUUUCCUGUGGCUGUGUCUCCUGCCAGCAGUGCAGAGGAUCCAUCUCCUGCAGAGCAGGAGGCCCACAGCGAGCACUCAAUUGAUUGGCGAUAUGCACUGUGCAGCUACAGCGACAUGUGUGCUGGAGAUGGUGUUGACUGCAAAGCACAGCUGACUGGUGCUCCUGGAAACGUGGAGGUAGAAAGUGAUAUUUCUAGUGGAAAACCUGGUGCUGAAACAUCAGAGCAGAGUCCAGAAACAGUUCUAGAUGCUGGUGCUGCUAAAGAGGAGGUGAUACUGAGAGAACUUGGAGAACCACUGAUAGAGUGCCCGAAUGAGGUGAUGAGGAUGGAUUCCUGUCCUGUGGCUGUCCCAGGGUCUUCCAGACCUCACUGCAUGCUGAAGGGAGAUUCUAAUGUUUCUUGCCAGAGUGUCAGUGAAAGCGUUGCACCAGUCCAGGCUGCUACACUGCUUUCCACAGUUGAGAGUUCAGACACAGGUAUGGAGAGAGACUUCCCUUCUUCAGCGGACAUGGCAGAUGGAAGAGCAGUCCAUGCUUGCUGCAGUGAUCAGGAAGCAAAUCUUAGUUCUUCAUUAAAUCCUCCAGAGCUGUUGAACCAAGGAAAACUAGAUGAAUUAGAGUUGGGAAGAAGAGAAAGCCCUGAGGAAGUCAAAGUGAUUGAACAAAUGUGGACUCUAAAAGAGAAUCAGCCUAGCCAUAAUUACUGCUCUGUCGAAGUUCCUAUGGAUGGACUCUUGUCAGAGGGUAAAGAGCAAGGGGUCUCUGCCUGUCAGCAUAAGAAAGCUGAAGAAGCCAUACUACUCCAAACCACUCUAUCAGCAGAGAGCGAUCAGAUGGCAGAACAAUUGGAUAACAGCAGCUCUUUGAUGGACAUUGAGGCACAGCCAGAAGGCUCAAGUGAAGUCAAAACACAUAGGAAUGGAGAGAGAUGUGAGGAGCCACAAAGUCAGGCAGAAAACCAGGGCCAUAAAAGUGAAGUGAACUCUGUGCUGAACCCAGAGCAUGUUGCAGCACAGGAUUUGCAAGGAGGGGAGGAGAACCAGGGAAGUGUUUCUGAUGGGAAAGGGUCAAAGAUUGAGGGAGAGUCUGUGGCCCUAAAAACACUGGAAUCCAUUAGAGAGGAGCUGGAGCUUGGACUGCUGUCCUCAGGACCUACUGAGGGACAUCCAGAUCCCACCGCUCUGCACUCCCACCAAGAGGCAGUUGCAGGGACAUCAUCUCCUAAAGGGAUGGUGUCGGAAGGGGCAGAGACGAUAAAAGAAGCAAUUGACUCAGAUGUGUUGAAGCCAGUGGGUAGAGCCUGUGCCUUACCGGAAGCCUCAACAACUGUUACUCCUCUGACACCCCCAGCAUCUGGGACUGCCUGGGGUGGUCGAUCUGCCCCCACCAUAGUCAAGGAUGUGAAUCUAGAAGUGCUCAGGAGUGGAGUUGCCUGCCUGCCUGGUACCAGAGAUAAAUCAGGACGUGCGGUGGCCAUAAUAACAACAAGGAGCACAGCUUGGUUAAACCCCCACUGCAAUACUGACGAGCUCGUGCGCCUUCUCCUGUACCUACAUAGCAUCCCCAGACCAGAAUGUCAAGCUUUGGGUUUGACUGUUCUUGUGGAUGCUCGUCGCUGUUCACCAGUUCCUGCUCUCUUCAAGGCAUUCAACAUACUGCAGGACAUGGACCCUCAUUGUAUUCAUGGAGUCUUGCUUCUGGUUGAAAGAGACCUCACUUUUCGGAUGGAGAAGCCAACAGCAGGACAGUUUGAACUACUCACCUCCAUGAAGUCUCUCCAUAAGCAUAUAGACAGUUCACAGCUGCCUCUAGAACUGGAUGGGACCUUCCCUUACUGCCACCAGGACUGGUUAAGCUUCCGCAUGAAGCUGGAGCAUUUGCUACAAGGAUGCCAAGGUGCUUGUGCCUUCCUCCACGGGGCCAUUUCUAAUGUGGAAUCUGGAAGAUUACCAGAAAGAGCUGAGGAGGCAGCUGUUCUGCUGAGGAGUUACAGGCAGUUGAUGAAGAACGUUCUCGAAGAUACACGGCUGGUCAAGCUGCAGCUAGAGGGUGGAGCACUCCUGGCCAGACUGAGGAAGGAGGAGUCUUGUGUCACCCUCACCCAUGACUACAGAGAUGCACUUGAUGCUGCUAGCGUGCUUUAUAAUCAAGUUGAUGAGGGCGUUCACCGACUGGUGAUGUUGUCAAACAAACGCAUCCAGGAACUGGAGCUGGUGAUGGAGUUCGAGAAAGUGGAAGAAUGUUUUAAGGAGGUCAGCCGUUGGAUUGAGAACGUUGGCAGAAAACGACUAAAAGAAAUGGUCAACCUGGAUGAUUCUUUGGAGAUGCUGCUUCAAGCACAAAAGCAAUUCAGAGAAUUUGAUCUCGUUGCCAGUGAAUAUUGCAGAAGGGGACAGGAAGCACUGAAGAAGAUGGAUCGAUGGGAAGACUUUUCCUCUGUGGAUAUACAUGCUUACAAAGUGAAGCUGCAGACCUAUAGAGAUCAGCUGGAGGAGUUCUGCACUCAGCUGGAUGAAAACAGGCAUCGGAUCUGUGAGACAGUCAGGCUGUAUGAAUUCUUUGACAAGGCGUACGAGUGGGCCUUGGAAGGGAUGCGACACCUUGCUUGCAUCAGUAUGGAGGACUGCAUCUCCCCCGACCACUGUACAGAUGUGAUAAAGUGCCUGGAGAGUUACAGGGGGCAGCACCCAGACAUCAGUGAUGCUCGGUUCCAGGAGAUGAAGGAGCUGGCCUGUGAGCUGAGGAGCGACAAGGGACUCAAGCAGUGGAAAUUUGCAUGGUCCAAGUGCCAAGAGACAAAGCUGGUUUUUGAAAAGAAGCUCGAAGCAGCCUUGAGAACAAGGAGGUCUUUGCUGUCAGAUCGCAAACCCAUUGAGGGGGAGCAGCCCCGGGCUGGCGAUGAGGCUGGCAGCCUACCCCCCCGGAGACACUCUGAGGGGGCCACACCUGGGUUGCACUGGGACAGGACAUACAGUGCUCCCCAUUGCUAUAAUAGGCCCAACCGCUCUCCAGGCUGGACUAAGGAGAAAGCUCCCUCACCCUCCCUGAGCUGCCCUGGUGAUGUCAGCACUGCAGAAGAAUUUGCCUGCCAAGCUGCUCUCAGCACUGGUCCACACUCAAGCAGAGUUUCUUUUGGCAGUGGGGCCUGCAAGUCUCCAAAGCUGCCUGAGGAAAAGCCAAACCUGGAGAGCAUAUUAGAAAUCCUGGAGGUGAAGCCAUCCUGUGUCUCCACUCCAGCCUCUAGGAAGCCACCUCCCAAGAGGAUGCUCCGGAAGGCCCAAAGCUUCGACCUGCCCUGCGGUGAGAGCCUGUGGUCGGGCUGCCAGAGGACUCUGAGUGAACCAGCCAGAUACGGCAACACCGGUGUCUUCAUUAAGGGGCUGGAAGUGAGCAGCACGGAGCUGGUGGACAGGACUUUUGCACUGCGACAGCAAGCUGCUCAGAGCUGGGCUAUGGGCUGCCUGCCAGAGGGGCAGAGGGGCUGUGUCUCCAUGUCAGAAGCCAGGAGUUGGGGCAGCAAACUGCGGCACAUCAUCGACGAGAUGGUAACCACAGAGCGGGAAUAUGUGAGGUCGCUGUGCUACAUCAUUGAUAGCUACUUUCCUGAGAUGGAGCGCCUUGACCUCCCCCAGGACCUGCGUGGGAAGCGCAGCGUCAUUUUUGGGAACCUGGAGAAGCUCUACGACUUCCACAGUCAGUACUUCCUGCGAGAACUGGAGAGCUGCUGCAACCACCCGCUGCGGGUCAGCCACUGCUUCCUCCGGCAUAAAGACCAGUUUGGGAUGUACGCGUUAUAUAGCAAGAACAAGCCGAAAUCAGACUCACUGCUGGCCAGCCAUGGGAAUACCUUCUUCAAGUUCAAGCAGGUGCAGCUCGGGGAUAAGAUGGACCUGGCCUCCUACCUGCUGAAGCCCAUCCAGCGCAUGAGCAAAUAUGCCCUGCUCCUAAAGGACCUCAUCAAGGAGUGCAGCGAGGCGCAGGAGCAGGAGCUGGGCUACCUCCGCGCAGCUGAGGAGAUGGUGAAGUUCCAGCUCCGGCACGGCAAUGACCUGCUGGCCAUGGAUGCCAUCCGUGACUGUGAUGUAAACCUGAAGGAGCAGGGGCAGUUGGUGCGGCAGGAUGAGUUCACCAUCUGGCUGGGCCGCAAGAAGUGCCAGAGACAUGUCUUCCUCUUUGAGGACCUGAUCCUCUUCAGCAAGCCCAAGAAGAUUGAGGGUGGCUUUGAUGUGUACAUCUACAAGCGCUCAUUCAAGACUGCAGACAUCGGCCUGACAGAGAACUCUGGAGACAGUGGCCUGCGCUUUGAGAUCUGGUUCCGAAGGCGGAAGUCCAGUGACACCUACAUCCUCCAGGCCAGCACAGCUGAGACGAAGCAGGCCUGGACCAAUGACAUUGCCAAGAUCCUGUGGCAACAGGCAGCCCGCAAUAAAGGUGUGAGCCCUCCCCAGGGCGUCUGUGCUGCAAAAGAAAUCCGUAUGCAGGAGAUGGUAUCCAUGGGUGUGGGCAACAAGCCAUUCCUGGAUAUCAAACCGAGUGAGGCAGCUAUCAAUGACCGUGCUAUCGAUUACAUCAUGAAGGGCAGAGGCGCCAGGACCAGGGCCUCGAUCGCAGUGUCUCUGUUUGACCAUUCCAACCCAUACAAGAGGACGCAGGCACAGCUUUCUGGUGGCAGCACCCCUGCUGCAUACAGCCCUCCCUCCUCCUCCCUGCUGGCACCCCUCAACCUGCACAUGUACCUGGACCAGGCUCUGCUGCCAGGGGUCGUGGUCCCCAGCCGCCCCUUUGACAUUGGCACCUGCAUCGAGGAAGAUGAACUGGAACAUGAGACCAGCAGCCAGCCAUCACUGACAACAGAGAGCUCAGAGUCAUCACACUGCAUGUCAGGCAGCGGCUCCAGUGGCUCCGACAGUGGCUGUGUCUCUAGCAUCCCACAGGAGAGCUUCUGUGAAGACACGGGUUCACCCCCCUACACGCCCCUGGGCUCACAACACAGCUCUGCGAUGGAGGAGAAACCCAAAUUCACGAACAGCCAGUACAUUUCUGCAAAAGCAGGCCAGGUUACCAUAAGUCCCUCGACAAUAGUGUGAGCCCCUCUGCACACGUAUUCCGCCUAAGGAAGUGGAGUUGUUGUUUGAUUGCCAUUUCAAACUCACUGAAGACCCCAGGCCUCUGACCAGCAGAAGGAGACAGUCUUCAUCUAUGAAGAUAUCUUUAUACAUAAUCAGGCUCUCUCAAACAGUCCAAAACCUGACCUCUGGCUUGGGGGAAGCCCCAAGAAGGUUUUUGUCAACGCAACUUAAUAGUCAUUGUGUUGGAUGGGACCUUGGGCAUUCAAAACUUGUUCGCCCCUUAUUUAUGAGUAACAAAUAACAUAGCAGUUUGAAAAAAUAUAUUAUUUUUAAAGCUAUAUGCUGUACAGAUUUUUGUUACAAGUGACUCUGUUCCUAUUUGUUCUUUAAGCUGCACAUUUUAUAAAGUUUAUGGAAGGGCCUGAAGAGAAGCCAAGGUAUUUAAGAAAAGUAGUGUAACUUUCUGUUUCAGGGUUGUAUUGACCUGGAGUUCAAGAUUAACGUCCUUCCUUAUGUUCUAGAUGUGUCUAUCAUAGCAAUAAUUUAUUUUCUUGGCUUAACACUUCUGUUUUAAUAAAAGCAAUUUCAUUGUUACAGUGAAUUGUUUCUUCAGAUGAUUCUUCUAGUGCCUCAGUGCUGAGCUUCUUAUCUUAACCACCUCUCAGCUCUUACUGACUCUUCCAGUCUCCCUGUGACUGCUGCACUAACCAAACUAAACCAUAUAAAACAUGAGCACACUCUCCAGGAGAUCCCAGGGUGGCAGUACAUGGAGGCUGAUGGGAAGGCCAGGACAGAGCAGGGAGGUCAGAGCAGUCAGCUGAGACGUCACUAGGAAUGAUGAAAAAGGGAGCAGUCUGACAGAGGUGAGAAGGCACAAAUCAAAUAUCCUCGCCUGGCUCUAAUUUAUGCCACAUAGCCCCAGCCUAGCUGCUGUCCCACUGAUAAUUCUCACAGGCAACAGCGACUGCUUCUGGCAGUUUGGUCAGAUGCACAAGGCAUAAGCAGCAGUUCAAAUUGCAUAGGUCAGCUGCUGUGCCUGGGUCCAUGGGUGACAUGGACCAACCUGCUUGCUUUGGCUCUGACUUAGGAAGCACCCGGAGAAGGGCUGGUGAGGGCCAUUCAGUGGUACAGUCCCACAGUCAGUCACUGCUCACUUGACAUUUAAGUGAUGAUGGCAUCCGAGUCCAAGAGGCUUUGAGUAUGAGGGGGUUUAUCAUAAUGCUAAACCUUAAAUGCGCAUCAUCUGAAGUAGCACAGUUCAAUUGGAGGACAAAUUUAUCCUGUGUUCCAGCAUUCCCUGUUAAUAAUUAGUAACAUCAAAGCUUGCUGUUUGGCUGUGACACUCUUUUAGUGUUCUUAGAGGAAAUGAAGAUCUGCUUUUUUUUUUAAAAAAAAAAGAUAUAUAUAUAUAUAUAUAUAUAUAUUUGCUUGCUACUGAGCUCUUGUUUACUCAUGGUUUAUGAAGUGCUAUAAACCAUUCUCCCCAGGUGUGAGAGAAGUCUUGUCACACACAGCCUUAGUAAGAAGACAGCGCAGUAAUUUAUUUAUAACUUCAGUUUCUCCCCAUAUCAACUGCUGCUGGGGUGGGGGAGGGGGAGCUGAUCAUUCCUCAACAGUGCAUUGCUGUAUUCUCAAAUGUAAAACCUCAUAGCCACAUCAGUUACCCUCUACAUAUAAACUAUGAUCCUUCAAGUUUGGAAAUUCCUGUUCUGUACAUACAACACUUGUUUAUUUUAAUAAGCUGAAUGUUACUUUUCAACCUUGUUCUUUUUUUAGACAGCAAAUAGAACACAGUUGACAUCUUUGUACAAAAUCGUGUGGGAAGCAGUUGCACAGGGAAGAUUUUAGCAGUUACUAUUUUAAAGUAAUCGCUAAGGUAAUGCAAGAUUUUGGGCUGUCAAGACAGCACUAGCUCAUGUCACAAGAGGGAAUGAAUUUACUAAACCAACGAGGAACAUGAAUCUUCCUGAAUUCCUCAGUUUCAAAGGUUUCUGCAUUGCUGGAAAAACCUAUAGUAAUGUUUACCUGACUGUUUUUUCAGGGUUUGAUUGAUUGGCCUAAUAAAGGUUAUUUUCUUUAUAUGAA